AUGACUGAUGACAAUAUAUGGAUUGCCGCUGGUGAUGGAAAUAUAGAACGCGCUCUCUUAUCCACCGGAAUAUCCCCAAAUAUUCAAGAUCAAAAUGGUUACACGCCAUUAGCUGCUGCUGUUUCUUAUAAUCACAUCGAACUUGUCGAAUUUCUCUUGUCUCAAGGUGCUGACAUAAAUUUCCCUGAUCAUGAUGGCGAUACAGCUUUACAUCUGGUGGAAACUGUUGAAAUGGCUCAAAAAUUACUUGAUCUAGGCGCUGAUCCAUUUCUCACUAAUUCGUAUGGGAAAACUCCUGCCCUAGUUGCAUUUGAAGAACAACAUUUUGAUGUGGCUAUGCUCCUGAGUUCCAAAACUGGUGAACUAAUUCAAGAAAAUAACUUUGAUGAUGAACAUAACAACUUGACCGAACCUACCACACCAAAAUUGCAACUUGAAGAAGGACGCAUAUCAUUGGUUGAUAUAAAGCAUGCCCAUUUAAACUUGGGAGAGGAAAUUGUAAUGGUCGAUAUUACCACUUCCGGAAACCGCGCAACCCCGGAGAAUCGACCGUCUUAA